CACACCAUCCAUUGAUUGAAUUACGAGAUUGUUUGGGACAAGAAUUGCCUCAACACGUGACACAAUGGGCUCCACGCCUGACAUACCCUCACAAAUGCUUCAUAAAAAACUUCAAAGAUCUCAUUCGCUGACAAUGGAUGAGACGGUUGGCGGCGGAGGCGAUGAGCCCACCGCUAACACAUCCACUGACGACUCGCUAAAGCCAUUGAUGAGACAAGACAUGGAUGAGGCGAGCGAUGGAACGAACCAAGAGUUGGAGGACAACGAGUCUGCGGUGGGAAUAAAGCUGCAGAUGUCGUGCGAGAUGUGUAAGAACUAUGAGAUCCAACUGCAAGAGAUGCAGUACAACGAAGUGGUGACGAGUCUUCAGUUGGAGAACUGCGAGAAGACAAUCAAAGGGUUGAGAGAAGAGUUGAGAAAAGAGCAAACGUUUCGCUCGGAUUUGGAGGAGAAGUUCAACGAAGACGCCAAACGCGCCGACAAAGAGAUCCGCGACCUCUGCGGUCGUGUCGAUGAGAGUUACCGAACGAUCGACGCGUUGACCAAAAGUCAUCACGAGUUGCGCAAAGAGGCCAAUGAUAUAAUCGCUAAUCUGAUGACACAAAUGGAAGAGGCGUCCAAAGAGUCGAACCGAAUACAAGCCGACAAUAAUGUGCUUUUGGGUAAAUUCGUGGCCAAAAGUCAAGUGCUUCAGAACGAGGCCAUCGAUUUGCCACAAGAUAUCGACGAAAUGCAGUUCUAUUGCUUGAAACUGCGCGAAGAACUCAUCACUACAUUAGCGGCCAAAGAGCGCAAUGAGGAGACAAUGAAGAGUGAGAUAAUGUUCCUCAAGGAUCAGAUGAUUGGCGAACAACAGUCCAAAGAGACCAUCGAAGAGAAUCUGACGCAAGACAACGAUAUGUUGCGGUCGACUGUGGACUCACUGCAGACAGAGUUCAAUGAUAUUAAACGCCGAUACGAAGAACAGGAACAGCAACUGUUCCAGUGUUCCGAUCGGUUGAGUCGACUCACGGAUAAGACACACACAAAGAUCUCCGAAUUAGAGGUUCAGAACAAUGAUCUCAGCUCUUCAAAGACGAAGUUAGAGUCAGACAACUCGGAUCUUAGGAAUCAGGUGCAGAGUCUUCAGGUGGAGCUCGACAAUAGCGAAGCCGUUCAGAAGGAUUUCGUUAAGUUAUCGCAAUCUUUACAAAUCCAAUUGGAAAAGAUUAGACAAUCGGAUAGUGAGGUCCGUUGGCAACACGAAGACGAUAUCGUUGAAUGCAAUUCCUGUAAAAAGGCUUUUCACUCCAAAAAAGAGAAAUCUCAUUGUUGUCAUUGCGGUCGAGUAUUCUGUUCGGAAUGCAAUAAUAAAGUGAUUUAUAGCGGACCAAAAGGCCGGCCAUUCAAAGUGUGCGGCGUUUGUCAUACGUUAUUAGAUAACCAGACGGCCUGUUGGUUCGUCAAUGAAGCGCCACAGAGUCCCACUUGAUUCACACACCAUUCCCUCCGACCCACACUCAACCCCCUCUUCCCCCACCGGCCCCACACAUCCCGCCCUCUGCCCCCACUCUCUACUCAUUAGCCGUUUUGAUUCCC